UUUGGCAGAUAUCGUCAAAUAUUGGAAAAAGCCAUUCAGCUCUCAGGUGUGGAACAACUUGAAGCUUUGAAAGCUUUUGUAGAAGCAAUGGUGAAUGAGAAUGUCAGUUUAGUCAUCUCAAGACAGUUGCUGACAGAUUUUUGUACCCAUCUUCCAAGUCUUCCUGAUAGCACGGCCAAAGAAAUAUACCACUUCACCUUGGAAAAGAUACAGCCCAGAGUGAUUUCAUUUGAGGAGCAGGUUGCUUCAAUAAGACAGCAUCUUGCAUCCAUUUAUGAGAAAGAAGAAGACUGGAGAAACGCAGCCCAAGUAUUGGUGGGAAUCCCUUUGGAAACAGGGCAAAAGCAGUACAAUGUAGAUUAUAAGUUGGAAACCUACCUGAAAAUUGCCAGGCUCUAUCUGGAGGAUGAUGACCCAGUUCAAGCAGAAGCUUAUAUUAAUCGUGCUUCCCUGCUUCAGAAUGAAUCAACUAACGAACAGCUACAGAUCCAUUAUAAGGUGUGCUAUGCUCGAGUGCUUGACUACAGGAGAAAGUUCAUUGAGGCUGCCCAGAGAUACAACGAGCUCUCCUAUAAGAGCAUAGUCCAUGAAAGCGAGCGACUGGAGGCCCUGAAGCAUGCUUUACAUUGUACUAUUCUAGCAUCAGCAGGACAGCAGCGUUCACGUAUGCUUGCUACGCUUUUCAAGGAUGAGAGGUGCCAGCAGCUUGCAGCCUAUGGCAUCUUGGAGAAAAUGUAUCUAGACAGAAUUAUCCGUGGAAAUCAACUGCAAGAGUUUGCAGCUAUGCUAAUGCCUCACCAGAAGGCAACUACAGCUGAUGGUUCCAGUAUCCUGGACAGAGCUGUUAUUGAACAUAACUUGUUAUCUGCAAGCAAACUUUACAACAAUAUUACCUUUGAAGAACUAGGAGCAUUACUAGAGAUCCCUGCAGCCAAGGCAGAGAAGAUAGCAUCUCAGAUGAUAACCGAGGGUCGCAUGAAUGGAUUUAUCGAUCAGAUUGACGGAAUUGUUCAUUUUGAGACCCGCGAAGCUUUGCCAACAUGGGACAAACAGAUCCAGUCGCUGUGUUUCCAGGUUAACAACCUGCUGGAGAAAAUAAGUCAGACAGCCCCAGAAUGGACAGCCCAAGCAAUGGAGGCUCAGAUGGCUCAGUGACAGUGCUACAGUCUGAAUGGAGGCAAUGGCCUGCUGCCUAAGGGCCACUGCCACUGAACAGGGCUGUGAACCAAGCAAAUAACCCACCU